CCACGAACACUUACAAGUCAGCGAUGGGCUAUUUGUGCAUUUGUCUUGCCGUUGGCAUAGAUAGUUAGCAAGCUGGCAAGUCCGUUUACUCUUAUCAUAACUAUGACCGAUAUAUAAAGGUACUCACUCUAGAUUCCCCUUUGACACCUGGACUUCAACUUUUCUGUCAGCUGGAAAAAGGCUGGACUGGGCGAUCGGGACGGCGGCCAGCCCUGCAACCCGGCGACUGAUCCAAUUCCUCCUAUCUGGUUCUACAUACAGCCAAAAGGCAACAUUCUAACGUCAGGAUCGAAAAGAUGGCGGACGUGUUUGCGCUGCCGGAGAGCGGUACCCGGGAGCGGGAGGCGCAUGCCGCGAAGCUGCGUGAGUUCGAGCUGCGUCGUAAGAUACGGCAGGUGGUGGUGCCUACGGAUGAUGGCAAAGUACGGCAGCUGUUACGGCAGCUGGGGGAGCCCGUCACGCUGUUCGGGGAGAGGGAGAUGGAGCGACGUGAGCGGCUGAAGCGCAUUAUCGCGCAGCGGGACGGUGAGCUGGAUCUUGACCUACCCACCACCGAACAAACCCUGGUGGAGGAGGUGGCGGUGCAAAAGUUGUUCUACACGGAGGGCCCUGACGAGCUCCGUACGGCCCGCCUGGCACUGACCCGCUACUCGCUGCUCCGAGCUAAGGCCCGGCUUCUGGGGGCGAAGAGGAGGAGGGAGGACCCGGGGGCGUUGCAGGCUUCCGCAUCCGCGCAGUCGGCCGCUGCGGAUGCCGUACGUACUAUCGUACAACAGAGCUCUGAGUUGGGUGACACAAGGCCCAUCAGUCACUGUCAGUUCUCUCCGGAUGGAGCUUGUCUGGCGGCUUGUGGCUGGGGAGGCGCCCUGACGCUGUGGUCCGUACCCGCGUGUGUACGGCAGUGGACCGCCCCCACCCCCUCAGAGGCACCUCGCCUGACUGGGGUGGCUUGGCACCCCGCGGCGGCGCCAGGUCAACUGACCCAUGGGUCGUCACCAGGGGCAGCGGCGGCGGAACCAAGCAGUACGACAGUCGUCAGCCUUGCGUCCGCGGCCUCGGAUGGCCUCAUUCGUACAUUGGAGGGUCACACGGAGCGGUUGGGCCGACUGGCCUUCCACCCGCUGGGGCAACACCUGGCCACCGCCAGUUUCGACACCACUUGGCGCUUAUGGGACGUGGAGACGGGAUUGAAUCUGUUAGAGCAGGAGGGGCACUCGCGUGCCGUGUAUGGGGUGGCCUUCCACCCGGACGGAUCGCUCGUGGGGAGUGCGGGGCUGGACGCGUACGGUCGUAUUUGGGACUGUCGUACAGGCCGUAGCGUGUUGCUUCUGGAGGGCCAUGUUAAGCAGCUGUUGUCCAUCGACUUCUCCCCCAACGGCCACCACGUUGCUACGGGCAGUGAGGACCACACGGCCAAGGUGUGGGACCUCCGCAAGCGCGGUUGUCUGUAUACCCUCCCCGCCCACACCUCCCUCCUCUCCACUGUACGGUGGGAGAGAACCGCGGGUCACUACCUGCUCACGGCGGGGUACGACUGCGUGGCCAAGCUAUGGAACGGUCGGGACUUCACCCUACUGAAAGCACUGGCGGGUCACGAGGGCAAGGUCAUGGGAGCUGACGUGUCACCCACGGGUGACCACCUCGUUGCAACGGUAUCGUACGACCGUACGAUCAAGAUGUGGGCACCGGAGAAGCUGCCGCCGGUGCUGCCACCGCCGUGA